GGGGCGGGGCGCGCGGCGCCGCGGAGUCCCGCCUCCUACGGCAAGUCGGAGGUGGCAAGAUGGCCGCCGCUGAGGGGGUUAGUGGUGUCGGGGCUGAAGCGGACCGGGAAUUGGAAGAGCUUCUGGAAAGUGCUCUUGAUGAUUUCGAUAAGGCCAAACCCUCCUCAGCACCCCCUCCUACCACCACGGCUCCUGAUGCUUCAGGGCCCCAGAAGAGAUCACCAGGAGACACUGCCAAAGAUGCCCUCUUCGCCUCCCAAGAGAAGUUUUUUCAGGAACUGUUCGACAGUGAGCUGGCUUCCCAAGCUACUGCAGAAUUUGAGAAGGCAAUGAAGGAGCUGGCUGAGGAAGAGCCCCACUUGGUGGAGCAGUUCCAAAAGCUCUCUGAGGCUGCUGGGAGAGUGGGCAGUGAUGCGACUUCCCAACAAGAAUUCACUUCUUGCCUGAAGGAGACAUUAAGUGGACUAGCCAGGAAUGCCACUGACCUCCAGAACUCUGGCAUGUCAGAAGAGGAGCUGACCAAGGCCAUGGAAGGGCUAGGCAUGGACGAAGGGGAUGGGGAAGGGAACAUCCUCCCCAUCAUGCAGAGUAUCAUGCAGAACCUGCUGUCCAAGGAUGUGCUGUACCCGUCACUGAAGGAGAUCACGGAGAAGUAUCCAGAAUGGUUGCAGGCUCACCGAGAAUCUCUACCUCCCGAGCAGUUUGAAAAAUAUCAGGAACAACACAUUGUUAUGGGCAAGAUAUGUGAGCAGUUUGAGGCAGAGACCGCCACAGACAGUGAGGCCACUCAGAAGGCUCGUUUUGAGGUGGUGCUGGAUCUUAUGCAGCAGCUACAGGAUUUGGGGCACCCUCCAAAAGAGCUGGCUGGGGAGAUGCCUCCUGGCCUCAACUUUGACCUGGAUGCCCUCAAUCUGUCGGGCCCACCAGGUGCCAAUGGCGAACAGUGUCUGAUCAUGUGAAACACAACGCGCUUUCCUCUCUGAUUCCCAGCCGUGGGGAAUAUCUGGAGUCAGCAGAACCACUGGGAGCUGAGGCAGGAGUGUCGUCUACAGGAGUGGCCUGCCCACUGCCAUCUGUCAUCCCACCCAAGAUUGUGCCAUACCAGCUGAGGCUUUUCUCUGUCUUUCUAGGAAUAAGGCCUAUUCUGUAGAUCAUUUCUGGGGGCCCUUUCCAUUGUGGCUUCUGCUGCUGGCAAAGGCCCAGCUAUGUACCAGGUGAAGGAGGGCAUCCCUUUUGGGGCAUGCACCUUCUUCCCUCUCCCAAAAUAAUAUACACAGGGCCACACUAAUGUUCAUUUUUGUACCCAGGGUCUUCGUGCCUUGUCUCUGCUCCCUCUCUUGGACCUGGGGAGCAGGGACAGUCUCCUGUAUUUUUAUAGUUAUCUGGGGCAGGGCCUUUCGGAACAAAUGGGGAGAAACAGCCUGAGUUGGGGAUGUAGGUCUGUCACCAGACCCUCUUGCUUUCAGACUGUUCUGAAUUCUCUGAGGGGAAAGUAGUGGGGGCAUCUAAUCACAGUAGAUUGAAAGAGAAGCCCUGGGAUUCUCCUCUCUCCAGGUACAGAGCCCUCGACUCUCUGUUCAGCCUGAGAACUCAAGUUGCUGCCCUGGUUCUUUCUAUAAUGCUAUGUGAUAUGGGUGAACCCGGCCCUUGACCUUUACCCUCUACCUCUCUUUUCCUCUCCUCUCUAUUUUAAAUACCUCUUUAUUCCAACCCUUCUGUGAACCUAGGCUGUGACAAAAAAGAGUCCAUCCUGUUUCCUCUCAUCUAGUUCAUCCGCCAUUCUUACUGGCCCCCCCUGCCCUCUCCCUGGCAAACGUAUAUGAUUAUACUGUCAGGUCUAGGAAAUGAAUGAAUGCUCUUCCUCAGAUACUUUCUGGCUUAUCUGAGACAUCUGAUUCCUUUAAAUCCUGUCCAUUGAUUCAGGAAGGUGGCUUGGGAAAAGGGGGUGGGGUGCAGCCUGGGUCUUUUUUCCUGACUAAUAAAUAUUCUGAGUGAGGA